AUGAGGAGCUUGUACAUAUCUGUAGUUCUGCUGCAGCUCAUUGGGACUUGUUUAUGCCAAUUCCCUCGCCCAUGUGCCAACUCAGAGGGACUACGGACCAAAGAGUGUUGCCCAGUGUGGGAUGGUGAUGGCUCAGCUUGUGGCGCCCUGUCAGGCCGUGGUUUUUGCACUGAGGUGGAGGUCUCAGAGGAGCCCCAUGGGCCCCAGUACCCGCACAGUGGGAUUGAUGACAGAGAGCGCUGGCCUUUAGCUUUCUUCAACCGGACGUGUCGCUGUGCUGGAAACUACGGAGGUUUUAACUGUGGAGAGUGCAGGUUUGGUUACUGGGGUUCAAACUGUGCUGAGUACAGGGAGUCAGUGCGCAGGAACAUCCUGACCAUGUCCUCUGCUGAGCAACAGAAGUUUGUCUCUUAUCUGAACCUGGCAAAGAACACCAUCAGCCGUGACUAUGUGAUCUCCACAGCAACAAGAGCAGAGAUGGGUGAAAAUGGCGAGAACCCCAUGUUCUCUGACAUCAACACCUAUGACCUGUUUGUCUGGAUGCACUACUAUGUGUCCAGGGACGCUUUCCUGGGAGGGCCAGGGAACGUUUGGAGAGACAUCGACUUUGCACAUGAGUCUUCAGCAUUUCUGCCGUGGCACCGAGUCUACCUACUUCACUGGGAGAAUGAGAUAAGAAAGCUGACAGGAGAUUUUAACUUCACCAUCCCAUACUGGGACUGGAGGGAUGCCCAGACCUGUGAGGUGUGCACAGAUGCUCUGAUGGGCGGACGCAGCCCCCUCAAUCCUAACCUCAUCAGCCCUGCUUCAGUCUUCUCCUCAUGGAAGGUGAUCUGCACACAGCCAGAGGAGUACAACAACCGAGAAGCUUUGUGUAAUGCCACUGGGGAGGGUCCACUGUUGCGCAACCCCGGGAACCAUGAUCCAAACCGCGUGACAAGACUCCCCACAACAGCUGAUGUGGAAUUUGCUGUGAGCCUGCCCGAGUACGAGACAGAUCCCAUGGACCGAUUUGCCAAUAUGAGCUUUAGAAACGUCAUAGAGGGUUUUGCCAGUCCAACGACAGGUAUGGCAGUGCCAGGCCAGAGCACCAUGCAUAAUGCCUUGCAUGUCUUCAUGAACGGCUCCAUGUCAUCAGUGCAGGGCUCAGCCAACGACCCCAUAUUCCUGCUGCACCACGCUUUCAUCGACAGCAUCUUUGAGCGCUGGCUCAGAACCAACCAGCCUCUGCGGACCCACUACCCACGUGCCAAUGCUCCCAUUGGUCACAAUGAUGGUUACUACAUGGUGCCCUUCCUGCCUCUCUACAGAAACGGAGACUACUUCCUUACCAACAAAGCUCUGGGAUUUGAGUAUGCCUACCUGUUGGACCCUGGUCAAAGGUUUGUUCAGGAGUUCCUGACCCCCUACCUCCAGCAGGCCCAGGAGAUCUGGCAAUGGCUUCUGGGAGCUGGAAUCCUUGGGGCGUUGAUCACUGCAGUCGUCGCUGCACUGCUUAUUGUUGCAAGACGGAAGUGGAAGCGUAAUCAGAGGAGGAAGAGGGCACAGAGCUACGGAGAGAGACAGCCAUUACUGCAAAGCAGCUCGGAGGAAGGUUCAUCUUCAUAUCAGACCACCAUGUAA